AUGUUGCCCUCUCUCUUGAUCUCUGCUUUGGCACUAGCCAGCACUGCCCACUCCACAAAGCUGUGUCAAAAGAAGCCUAACAUCAUAUUCAUCCUGUCAGACGACCAGGACAGACGGCUGGGUUCCACUGACUUCCAGCCUGUUCUGCAUCGUGAGAUCUUUGCCAAGGGCACCGAGUUCACCAACCAUUACGGCACGACUGCGCAGUGCUGCCCUGCUCGCGCUAGCAUCCUCCGUGGACAGUUCUCUCACAACACUAAUAUCACUCAUGUGAAUGCCGUGGCCACUCUCCCUAAUUCUGGAUCAAGUGGCAACUAUGACAAGUGGCUGUCUUCGAAACAGGACGAGGACUACCUGCCGCUCUGGCUGAAGGAGGCUGGGUAUCGCACCGAGUCAGAUGUUGGUAAAUUCCUAAAUGGCUACAAUACUGCGAACUGGGCAAAUGCUCCUAAGCAUUGGGACUGGAUGGAUACCUUGCUUGACCCGUACACAACCUUCUUCAAUGUCCCCGUCUUGUCGCAGAACGGGGAACGGCCUAUAUGGUACAAGGGAUUUCACCAGACUGAUGUCCUUCGCAUCAAGGCCCUCGACCGACUUGAGCGUCUUGCAUCUCAGGACACCCCCUUCUACCUCACCAUAGCCCCCUACGCACCGCAUGUACAGAACAAUGCUCAUCGGCCGAUUCCCCUGAAGCGUCACAUGGACUUGUUCCCUAAUGCCAAGACCCCAAGGAAUCCCAACUUCAACCCUGCCGACGAGUACCAGCACAAGAAGGGCAGCUGGCUGCGCACUUUGCCGCUCAUGAACCAAACCGCUAUCGACUUUGCCGACUUCACAUACCAGUCGCGGGCACAGUCGCUGCAGGGUAUUGAUGAGAUCAUCGAGGACGUUGUCCGCAUGCUGGAGAAGAAGGGCAUCAUUGACAACACCUACAUUGUCUACACCUCGGAUAACGGCUACCACAUUGGACAGAACAGAGCGCCAGCUGGAAAAGCCCUCUUCUACGCCGAGGACUCUCAUCUCCCCUUCGCGGUUCGUGGGCCCGGUAUCCCCAGAGGUAUCAAGUCCAACUUGCCAAGCACGCAUGUUGACCUCGCUCCUACAUUCCUCGAAAUCGCCGGCCUAUCCAAGAAGAAAUAUCCGGCCUUCUUGGAUGGCACAAGCCUACUCGAUCAGUGGCAUCACCCACACAACAGCUCCGGACGAGAGCACGGCAAGGGUAAUGCCAGAGAGACGCUCAACAUCGAGUUCUGGGGCCUGUACGGGCGCAUCCUCGGCGAUCGUGACGGCUGGCUUUUCACCAAGUGGUGCACCGGGGACACCGAGAUGUACCACACCACCACGGAUGAGUGGGAGCUGCGCAACAUCGCCGACUCCAAGGAACCCGAGCACCAGCGCGCCUUCACCCGACUCAACGCCAUCCUGAUGGUGACCAAGUCCUGCGAGAAGGGCUCUUGCCGCGACCCUUGGGCCGUGUUCCAGCUGCCCUCUGGCAAAAAGCUCAGCUCGUUCGAGGAGGCCAUGUUGCCCGAGUACGACUCCUUCUUUAACAAGUUCCCUCGAGUGUCGUUCCAAGAGUGCCUGCAGUUCCAGUCUGCUGAGAACGAGGCGCCCUUCUACCCGCCGCUGCCACACCGUGGUCAAGGUGGUCUCGGACGCUCCUACCGCGCCCCAACGGAUAGCUUUGUGGAGACGGAUGACACGCUUAGUAUCACGGACGAGAACUUUUACGGGUCCGAGGAGCAGAGACAUGCAACGCUUGAGGACCUCUAUUCCGAGGCUAGGGAGCUAACCGAUGAGGAGCUCGGCAAGGACUUUGAGGCUUCCAAGAAAAGGUGGGCAGCUACCGAAGAAAUUGACAUGAGAGCGUAUGGAUAUGAUUAA